AGAAUAAAAUGGUUCUGAAGCCAAUCCGACGGUCCGUGAUUCCGUCCCCGCUCGAGAAUUCGCAAAAGUUUGACGAAUUCAUAACGCAAUACUUCAACAAGUGCGAUGAUCUGCUGUCAUACACGCCAGCGAUACCCGUGCAGCGCCAGAACCGCAACCCGAACGAGGACCACCGGUGGCUGCGGCGAGACGUAUAUGUGACCACGCAGACAUCGUACGACGAGCUCAAAUCCAUCCUGUUCCUGGGCCGCGCUGACCACCUACCGCAAUGGAUGCCGUCGAUGGUAAACAUCGAUGCAGUCGAGGCGCUGGUGCCAAACGUGGCGGAGGUAUUCCGAUACUGCUUCAAGUCAGGUGGGCUGAAAGCAAAGCGCGAUUACUGCCAGCUGGUGCUGAAGCGCGAGUUUCUGGGCGAGCAAGCACACAAGAAGCCGCGGAUUUUCACCCCCAGCAUGAGCAUGACCAACCUGGCCAACAUGAUGCGGGCGUCGCAGUCGACAACCAACCUGGGCAUCCAUUCAGUGCCAACGAGCCCGCUGGCGGUGAAUCCCAUCAACGAGCGCGGAUGCAGCCACUACCCGGCAUCGCUUCAUUCGCCUGAAUCGCCGAAGCCGUUUGCGCAACAGCCGCACCACCAGCAGGAGCAGUCAAGAUUUGUGGGGCUGAACCAGGCAUCGCAGGCAGUCCAGGAUGACGAUGACAGCGUUGUCACGGUACCGAUAGCCCAUUCUAACUGCACAGAGCAGCGCGGAUACGUGCGCGCGUUCUACGAGACGUAUGAAGAGGUCAGGGAGUACUCCAAUGGUGAUGUUGAGUGGUCGUGCAUUCAUCACUCGGACUUUUCGGGCUGGAUCCCGUCGUUCAUGGCUGAUAAAUCCAUUGCCACGGGGUUCCCGAAAGAAGCCGAUGCGCUGCUUGCCUAUGUGCAGCGCGUACGAACACGUCCUUUGCAUAACGAGUAUUAGGCAUUCAACUACGCUGAGAUACAAGUAUACACAAACUUCCACAAUCCUACAUUUUUCUGUUCCGCUGCGAUAUCACUUUAUUACUCAAACACGACCUUUUCUUUUUGCCAAGUAUCUUUCAAAUAGAGCAUU